CGUCAGAAAUGUUACUGCUUUCUUGCCAAAUUCUGUUUUGCAUGCGAAUGCAUGUAGUGUCUCCUGCAACUAACUGCUCGCAAACCGCGAGGGCAUCUCGGUAUGAAUGAGAAAAUCUCUGAAGGAGUACAAAUCUGGGCGGUUUGGGGGUGUAAAAAAGUGAAAGUCGUACACGACGAUGAUGUUAGCUUGCUAUGAGCAAUGGGGUUAAACAGUCUAAUUGCCGUUGCAUGCGCGUUAUAAAGCGGGUCGAUUAAAAUCAUCUCGACGGGGCUUUUGCAAUCGCAUUGAAUAAUUUUGCAAAAGCAGGACCUUGCAGUAGCGGUAGUCCAGUGCACGCAGCUGUAUGUGCGUGCACUCGAGCUGUUAGCUCUGCUAGCCGAACGGCCUGCACGCCUGCCGUCCCGACCAACCAAUGUUUCCUUCGGUUUAACCCUUUCUUUGCGUCGCUUUCCCAAAAAAGUUACUCUUUGCCAGUAUUAUCUGGCUGCAGGGUGCCGAUUCGGAGCAGCUGGUAAUGAAUUCGAGAUCUAAGCUUUGAGUUCAGCGGUGCAGAGACGCCGUCACAUCACUGACUGAGAGGAGGCGGCUUUUGUGUCUGAAUCAGCAGAGACUGUUGUCUUUCCAAGUGAAACCGAGAUGCUGUUGAGAGACUGAAGUUUGGAUCUAAAGCCAAGACAACUUUCAUUUGGAUCAGGAUGAAAUAUGUGCAUAUAGUUGCACAGUGAGGCAGACUUCAUUGGACGUAAUGGAGGCUCGGUUUGGGCUAGGCUAAGGCGUCUCUCUUCGUCUCUCCUCCUCUACACUCUCUUGCCCUCCUCUCAUUCACUCGAGAGGAGGGGUACAUUAUCUCCUGUAUCGCCCUUGACAGGAAACAGCAGUUAAUCUCAAACAUAUAGAGGCAAACACUUUGAUUCAAGCAAGCAAUCGGCUUCCGAUGAAGUCCUGCCACACACUGAAGGAGGAGGUGUCUGGCCCAGAGACCAUGUCUCAAGAGGAGGGGCAAAUGACUCAACCUUCCCAAACGUACUUCGACAAUGCUUCCGCUCCUGAUGCCGAGCUGUCGGCGAAACUGUACAAGCGAGAAGCUGCGGCCAAACCAUACUCAGUGGUCAUUGACAACACGAUGGCUACAAGGCCAGAGUCGCAGAUGCCCUCAGACUUGAAUCCCCAUCCUGCACCGACUCAACCAUUUUACCGGGAAGGGUCUGGUGCAGCUGUGACGAAGAGCGGAAAUGGAGGGACGUCAGAAGAUUCUGAAGCUGAAGAAGGAGCCGGGGCAGAGGACGAAUUCAAACGAGGGCAGAUUAUCGUAGAGGUCAACCUCAAUAAUCAGACCCUGCACGUAUCCAAAGGAGAUGAUGCGGCAAAUGUGAACACUGCAGGAGACGACAAGAGCAAUAGUGAGGAAGAAGAGGAAGAUGAGGAGGAGGAGGAAGAGGAGGAGGAGGAGGAAGAAGAUGACAGCAUUGAAGAAGACUACAGCGAUGAGGAGGAUCAAGAUGAAGAGGAGGAGGAGGAGAACAACAAUCGGCGAACAAGAGCACAACGUACGCACAGGGGUCGAGCAACCGCUUCGCCACGUUGUAAGAGUCGCCGCGUAGCCCCUUCAUCGACGGGAAACGUAACCACAACGACUGCCGGUGUGACAACCAGGGGGCGGAGGAAGAAUGCAGAGGCCCCACCCCAAAAGCGUAGACCUGCCAAGGAGGCCAAAGGCUCCACCGCUUCUGCCUCCGGAGCCACAGGAGGAGGAGCCAAGGGAGAGGGUGAGGAGAAAGAGACGCUAGCAUGUGAAAAAUGUCCACGUGUGUUCAACACCCGCUGGUACCUGGAGAAGCACAUGAAUGUGACGCACAGACGCAUGCAGAUCUGCGACAAGUGCGGAAAGAAGUUCGUGCUGGAGAGUGAACUGGCUCUUCACCAGCAGACCGACUGCGAGAAGAACAUCCAGUGUGUGUCAUGUAAUAAGUCCUUUAAGAAACUGUGGUCCCUCCACGAGCAUAUUAAGAUUGUCCAUGGAUUUGCCGAGAAGAAAUUUGCCUGUGAGAUUUGUGAGAAGAAAUUCUACACCAUGGCCCAUGUCCGUAAGCACAUGGUCGCUCACACAAAGGACAUGCCGUUUACCUGUGAAACCUGUGGAAAGUCUUUUAAACGCAGCAUGUCUCUGAAAGUGCAUUCACUGCAGCAUUCAGGAGAGAAGCCCUUCCGUUGUGAGAACUGUGACGAGAGGUUCCAGUACAAAUACCAGCUGCGGUCUCAUAUGAGCAUUCACAUAGGACACAAGCAGUUUAUGUGCCAGUGGUGUGGCAAAGACUUCAACAUGAAACAGUAUUUCGAUGAGCACAUGAAGACACACACAGGUGAGAAGCCAUUCAUCUGUGAGAUCUGUGGGAAGAGUUUCACCAGUCGGCCCAAUAUGAAGCGGCACCGGCGCACGCACACUGGGGAAAAGCCGUACCCUUGCGAAAUCUGCGGCCAGCGUUUCCGCUUUUCCAACAUGCUUAAGGCGCACCGAGAGAAGUGCUUCCGAGUCACCAGCCCGGUGACCCUUCAGCCUGCCAGCAUGGCACUUCCCAUUCACCUUACUGGCCACACCCCUUCUUCAAGCCACACCCCUACCCCAACCCAGCCCACCCAGUCGACGCCCGUGGGCUCCGUAAUGAUCAGUCCCGCCACGGUGGGGCCUCUGCCGCAACGAUCGGUCGCCGUGCACGGCUUCUCUCAUUUGCACAUGCAGACCGUGCCCACACAACAUCACCCCGCCCACACUCACACUCCUGUCCAUCACACAGGACACGCCCCUAUGACGAGCCAUGCCCCUCAGCCAAUCACAGUGCAGCCUUCUGUCCUGCCUCCUCCCCCUGCCCUAUUUAAGAGCGAGCCAAUAAACCACUGCGCCCACGAGGACGCGUACCUGCGACAGGGCGCCGCUCCGCAACACCACUGAAACACUCUCUUGUACACAAACUCACUAAUGUGAAAUCAGGUGCUCGCUGGAGAACAGGGCGGACGGACGGACGCCAUACAUCAGUAUAAUUCUCACAGGAAUCUGAAAGCUGGAACUGCAACAUGUAUGUAUGUGUAUGUAUGUGUGUGAGAUAAAAAAAAAAAAAACUCAUACUACAAACCUACUUGCCACUAGCACUCGUGACCAAACAGAAUUGUUAGACAGCUGAACUGAUCUCAAGAAAUUCAUAAAGCAUUACUCGGAUUCACAUCACUUCAAACUCUGUCACAAUGAUCAAAAUGCCAUUUGGGGUUUCAGUGGCACAACACACUUCUUUGUCUUUCUCUCUGACUCUUUAUCGACUCAGCUGCUGUUGCAAAGGUUCUACGGGUUCAAACGUCCACAAGUUAAAGGUCUACAUUUCACAAAUGCAGUGUAACUUCUUUAGAGAUGCAGGUCUUCCCGAAAACGGAAAAUAUCCAUAUUCUAGUACACAAGUCCUCACACAAACAUAGUAUACAGCACUUAAGCAGUAAACUCAGUGUAGUCUAUAUGACUGAAACUUUUCUGUUGCCUGAUUGUGAUUGUCAGUGAUUUUAUUAAAAUAUUCUUUUCCUUUUUUUUUUUUUUUUUUUUAAUACAAUAAAAAUAUGAUUACUGGGUAAUGCCUGUAGCUUUCCGGCGUGUUCGGUCGGAGGUUGAGACUGUUAAGGAAGACCAAUGCUGUGAUGUGUCAUAAGUAGGCUGCAACUAAAGGCGAAAAAAGAUAAUUAAUUAGUUUUACUGUAUGUUCCAUACAAUCUAACUCACUUAACCAAUAUUUUUAUUUGUAUAAUGUAGAUAAACAUGCUCUGUGAGACUUUUUAAAAAGGAUUUGUAUGUUGAAAUGAGAUGCUUGCUUGUGAGAGUUUAUGUAAUGGAAGAUGCGGAAAGGGUUUGUUUCUAAUCAUGUAUUCAACUGAAUGUACGAGAGGAGUGUGUGUGUGUGUGUGUCUCUCUUUGUGGCUGAUCAUAUGCCUGUGGUGCUGGUAUCAAAAGCUGCUUUUUAGUUGCUCUCUGUCUUUUCCUGGUACAUGGUUCUUUAUCAUGCAGAUGAUUAGUGUGUUUGUGAGUGAGUGAGUGAGUGAGUGAGUGAGUCAGUGUUAAAAUGGUGACGUUAGAAGCAGCACAGAUAAAGUGAUGGGAAAUCUUGAGUCAAUCAGACUUGAUUGAUUGAUUGUGAAUUUUUUGUUCUCUCUCAUUAGACCAUCUGUCCUCUGCACUUUACUGACAAGUAAGAGGUUUGCGCAACUGACAAAGAAUUGUUUAUCACAUGUCCCACAUGUGAAAGAUGGCUGGCUGUUGGAAAAUGGGGAGAAUCACGUGUUAUACAUCAAAGAACUUUAGUUUAGUCAUGCCCCGCCCCUUUUUACCUGAGACGUACUCUCAUUGGUUCAGAUGGCUGUCAGUCAUGUCCUUUUUUUUUUUAAAUCUGUGUGUUUUGGGCUACUUGUUGUCUGAUUCUCUCCAUUCUCCAUCAGUCGAUGGAAUGCACUUUCUAAUAAAACCUUGCUAGAUAAAGAAAAAUAAGCAGACCAUAAUAAUGUUUAUUCUUGUGAGGUGUUUUUAAUCAAAUCUCUUCUCAGCUAGACUCUUUCAACCUCUCAACUUCAGAAGUGUUUUAUUUUUAGCCUUGUGUCUGGUACAGAAAUGUCUGACUUUCAUUGAGUUCUGUUUUAUGUUUUCCUGUUUUUGAGACACCAUGUUUGACCUGCAUUAAUGUUGGGCCUUUUUUAUAUUGUGCAUUUAACACUUUCUGCUAACUUUAAAGAAGUAAAAAAAAAAAAAAUGAAUUAGCCACAAGCACAACUCACUUGUCUAAAUUUGUAUGUGUACACUGUAAAAAAAAAACGAGAGAGAAAGAAAGCAGUAAAUAUGGGAAGUGGGGCAUUUUAA